GCUGGUAAGUUAAAAAAAAUGUAAACAUUGCAUAUUCAUAUUUAUAUACUUAUCGCAUUUUUUCCGAUGUGGUUCGUUCUCACAGACUUUAUGAGAUGUUGGAUAAGAAACAUUGUAUCCCAAGUGCAACUGCUUUGUUGAUGUCGGAGAUGGCUGUUCUCAAAUCAUUGACAGACUUUGGAUUGCCUUAGUGUCAGGCUACAAAUAUAAACCAUCAUGAUAUUGCAUACAAAACUCCAUAUCUAUUUUGGAAGGAUAAAGAGGCGAAUGAUCUUCUUAAGAACGGAUUCAUGCAUCCAGGCACUUGAAAGCAUGUUGGAAGGAGCCAACCUUACUGAAAUAAGUGAAUCUGCUUUUUGUGACUGCAAUUUGUAAAUUUAAGAUCUACUUGCAUUGCUCAAAAAACAUCCAAUCCUGAUAAGCCCAGGGUACAAGAUAUGGCUCCAAGACAAUAACUCCAGUGUAAGGAACGUUAUUAGAGGGAAAAAAAGAAGAGUCAAUAUAUUUAAAUUGGAUAUUUCAAGAAGUUUGAUACCUAGUGUUAAUUAACUUUCCAAAAUGAUCUAAUGUACCUCCAAACUAGACAGAUUUCUUUGCAAUUGAUCAGAUAUCCUUUUAGACCUGUUUACAUAGCUUGUAAUUUAGAAAAUAGCAUAUAAUCUAGUUAAGGUCAAGGAUUAAAAAUUGAUGAAAUCUAUAUUUCUAGAUAUUUUGGAAUGAACCUAUUGUAUUUCUGUGGGUAUACAAUGUAGAAUAAAAAAUAUUUAUUUUG